GCCCAGGGUGCCACGUAGCACUUGACGACAUAAUCCCAUUUUCUAUUGGUGGCAAGGUGUAUCGUAUCCACACAGCCCACAAACUUAGGCCAUGGUGUGUUAAGUGUCAGGCCUAUAGGCACCUGUACAUGGACACAGUCUGUACAUUCCAUUCCUCGCGGGCUACUCGACCUACGGGGCGCCUGAGGAGGGACCCCUUUGAUAAGACACGAUGGCGCACUGUCGACCCCGGCCACGAAGGCUGGGUAUACAUUGACACACCGAAGGAGGAAGGGGCGGGGGUGGAGAAGAAGGAGAAGAAGGAGGCCAAGAAGAAGGCCUUGAAGGAGGAGCAGGCGGCCAAACUGAAGAAGAUAGAGGAAGAGAUGGCCAAAGAGAAGGAGAGGAUACAGAAAGAAGAAGAAGAGAAGUUGAAAGUKGGGGAAGAGGAGGAAGAAGAUGAAACGCCAUUGCAGAGGAAGAGGGUGCAGUACAGUGGUAGUAGGGAUGAAGAGAUGGAGAAGCGAAUCUCCGAGUGGGUCGCCAACUUAUCCCAGGGCGAAGAAGAAGAGGUGGCGAUGUAUAUCUCUAAAGAUGAUCAGGAAGCUUCUAUGAGAGCUUGGGAAGCAGAAAAGGAUGUUGUGAAGCGGCAGGCAUUGGAAGACGAAAAGAGGAUGGAGUGGAAGUUGACAGUGAUGAGGGAGAAGAAGAGGAGAGUGGACGUGGCAGCCGAGGCGGCAGAAGAAGUAGAGGAAGUAAAGAAUAUAGAAGAGCAACUGGCCGCCCAGACCGAACUCCCAGCGCAAAUGCGAGUCAUAGCCCGAAACGUUGCACGCCUGACACGAAUUCAGGCGGAGCAAUAUGAUUUUAGUAGGAGUCAACACAUAGCUGUGUGUUCCAUAAAGUUGGGGUUUCGGGACUUUGCGCGUGAGCUGGUAGGCGCUAUAGGGACCGAGGUGGGUCACCGCCUCGACAAGACUGAGCGGUUCUGUGCCGGCGCCAUUGAGGGCGUCAAAGCGGCAGCUCCCAAGGAGGAGGAGGCACGUCCUCCUCGUCGAGAACCGGUUAAAGUCAAAUUCCCUGAUUCCUACAGUGGAAAAAGGAAAGAGAACUUCGACAAUUGGGAGGCCAAUGUCAAGACCUAUGUGCAUCUGCAACAGGUCUCCCCGGAUCAGCAGGUUCUGAUUSCGAUUCACGCGCUCAGAGAUGAAGCCGCCAGCUUUACAAGGUCCCUAAAUCGCGCUGCCAAUUGCAGCGAUGAUCCCGUUGCGUACUCCUCAUUCACUUCCCUCACUGAGUUCUUGAAGYUGUUGCGCGAGAGGUUCGCCGAUGUCGCCCGUAGCGUUAAGGCCUCAAACAGGCUGCAGACGAUCCACGCUCGUAAGUGGAAGAGCGCCAGGGCACUGAAGAGUACCAUGGACGAACUGGUAGCUGUCCCUGACCACGGAGUUACAGACACCCAGUUGGUUGGCCUCUUAUAUCGGGCUAUACCCGAAGCCCUUCGAGGGUAUUUCUUCGCAAAGAGAGAAGACUCUGCCACUACAUACGAUUCCCUUAGUCGCAAAGAAGUGGCUUUUGAAGCUAAGUUUGCGCCUGUGUCCACUUUCUGGCACAAGGACUUGGACAAGGGUAAGCAAUGGAAGGGUCGCACUAUCUCAGGGCAAGUAAAGACCAAGGACAACCUUGUCCUAACCUUAGAUGAGGGUAGUGUGGAUGAGAUCCCCUACGACCAGAUUGAGUGGGGGUUAGAGGAGGAGGACAGCGGUGUGGGCCAAGGGAGAUCUUACGCUGCUCUCGCGGCUAGAGGGAGGCCGCAAGGAGGAAGAGGCCAGGGCCAAGGGGGCCGGRCCUCAGGGAGUCGAUUUCAAGGCGAUCAGGGGCGUUGUAUGAACGAUUUGUUUAGGCCAUGGUUAGAUAGAUUUGUUGUAGUGUACCUAGAUGACAUUCUAGUGUUUAGUAAGACCCUCGACAAGCAUCAGGGUCAUCUUAGGCAGGUCUUGGAGAAGCUGAGAGAAGCUAACCUCAAGAUGAAUGCGAAGAAGUGCGAUUGGGCGAAGACCCAAGUUUUGUAUCUAGAUCACGUCUUAGACGGAGACGACGUUAAGCGAGAAGAUAGCAAGAUCGCAGCGAUUAGAGAUUGRCCCACGCCACGUACGCUGACAGAGUUGCGCUCGUUCCUGGGCUUAGCAAAUUACUACAGGAAGUUCGUGAGGAACUUCUCCACCAUCGUUGUGCCCCUUCGCAGAUUGCUAAGAAAAGAGACAAUCUGGAAGUGGGACAAGGACUGCACGUCUGCCAUGAAGAAGCUAAAGCAGGCGUUGAUAGAGUACCCGUUCCUUAAGGUCGCCGAUCCGUCCUURCCUUUUGUCGUUACUACGGAUGCUAGCCAGUACGGCAUAGGCGCAGUGUUACAGCAAGACGAUGGCAAUGGGUAUAGACCCGUAGAGUUCAUGUCCGCUAGAAUGCCUUCAGAGAAAGUCGCGACAUCUACUUACGAGAGGGAACUCUACGCUCUCAGGCAAGCCUUAGACCACUGGAAGCACUACUUGCUUGGGAGGCACUUYAAAGUCUAUUCUGACCAUGAAACGUUACGAUGGUUAAAGACGCAGGCCAAGAUGACACCUAAGCUUACUAGGUGGGCCGCCGAGAUAGAUCAGUACGACUUUGAGCUCAAGCCUGUCAAAGGGAAGUACGACGUAGUCGCGGAUGCUCUGAGUAGAAGAGCUGAUUAUUUGGGGGCAAUAGUACAUUACCUCGAUAUAGGAAAGGAUCUGCAGCAGCUGGUUAGAGAAGCCUACGCGCAGGACCCUAUCUAUGGUGAGCUCCUUAAGAAAGUCAAGGAGACCCCAGAGACCGAGCCGAACUACCGCACUACUGAAGGGUUGCUUUUUGAGAAGACUAAUGUUUUUGACCGAUUGUGCAUCCCCAAUAGCGAAGAGAUCCGCUGUCUGAUCCUGGGAGAAUGCCACGACACAGAGGGUCAUUUUGGUUGGCAAAAGACCUUAGCCAAUCUGAUCCGCGCGUAUACCUGGCCUGGGAUGAAGAAUGACUGCGUAGAGUAUGUUCGCAGUUGCAAGUUACAAACUCGGCUGUGCGACUUUUCUGCAAAGCCGAGUUUCACCGUGCGACUUUUCUGCAAAGCGGAGUUUCGCUGUGCGACUCUGCAAAGCGGAGUUUCACCGUGCGCCUUUUCUGCAAAGCGGAGUUUGGGAGUUUCACCUUGGGACUGUUCUGCAAAGCGGAGUUUCCCGGUGCGACUCUACAAAGCGGAGUUUCCUUCGACUGCAUCGUAAACUUGGGGCCGGACUGGACUGCGACAAAAAAAGUGCAGUUUGAAAUGCAUUUACAAACUG